AUGGAGUUUCCUUAUCGCCCAAAGAAAUACGCCUUGAGCGCACCCCCGCCAAUACCGCCUCGGCCACCUCGUUCGGAAGACAGUCGUCCCCCACCAUUGCCUCCUCGGAUACCGCAAGAUAAUUCGCAAAACACCGUUCCACGUCUAGAGGCACCGUAUCCUCCGCCACCUCCAUACGAGAGACAAGCCACCCCACAACAUACGGUCCAUUAUCCCGCGCCCGGUCAGGUAGAGCACCGACCGCAGCCUUGGCCUCGGACACAGGGCCCUUAUGGCGCGGGAGAGUCAACAUCCCUCCACAGUACUCCACAGACGAGCUCCACACCGUCAACGUCUCGUCCUUGGUUUCCUCCACCCCCAUCACAAGCGCCUUCCUCCAGAAAUAACUCCCACGCUCCGGGGCUACCGCAGCCGGACGUACGGCGACAGACGCGCCAGCCCAUCGAAAACAACAUCACGCCUACACCCCCACCCCCUGCCUAUGAUUUCCAGCCGCAGGGAUGGCAGGGAUCGGAUGGGGCACCGGUGCCACCGCCACUGUCGUCGCGCCACCAGCAACGAAGCUCUCCGACAACACAACGCCAUCAAGAUGACGCGUCGUCAUCAGCUCCAAUAGAUUCCAAUACUGUGCGCAGUUCCUGCCAUGGCCAUGAGCACAGGGACCAGGAACGCUCUAAUGCCGCUGUGUCGCGACCAAGCGUGCAGUAUACCCCGCCCGCAAAUUUCACUUUGGCGAAGUGUCCGUCAACGAAUUAUACCUUGAUGUGCGCCGGUACAUGGUAUAUCUUGCCUGACGCCCCAAACUUCCGCAUUUGCAUGUAUUGCUAUGAGAAAAAUAUCCAGGGUUCACCGUUGCAAGGAAGUUUCCACCCUUGGGUCUCGCCCGCCGGUGCUAGCAUACAUUGCCUUUUCAGCUCACCUCGGAUUGAAAAAUAUUUGUGGCCCCGAGCCCUGCAAUCAGGCAGUGUUCAGGAGCUAUCGUGGUUCUUUCGUCAUCGGACCACGAUCAGGAACUGCGAUGGGACAAAAGGCGUCGGGGAAUCGGAGAAUGUGAAGUGGUACAGCCCUAAAGACACCAGCAGACUUCCAUCUUUCGUCGCAUGUGAGGCUUGUUAUGAGGAUGUAGUUUCGGGUACACCUUUGCAGGGUCAGUUUGAGGAGCAUCGAGAAAAACAACCACACGGACAAAUAUGGGCGUGUGACAUCGCCAUUGGUUUUAUUCGGAGAUUACUCACCAAGGCCCAAUCAUGGCCGCAUUUUUCUGUCGAAGCCGCACGCCACCUGAGCCUUCCGGAAUGCGAGAAAAACGGGGGCGUAAUGAGCGGCUCCUCACGGCAGUGGUAUGAGCUUCGGGAUCGAGCCCUAGGAAUAGCUGUCUGCGAGCGCUGCUACCGCGACUUUGCGAGUAGGACCGACUUCGAAUCCCACUUCCAACCUAUGACGCAGCCGCCAAGGCAACAGAAAUGCAUCCUUGGGUUCUGGCAAGCCCAGGUUAUCUGGGGUGAGGCGAUUGAGCGGAAGGACUUUUCGCUAUGGCGGCGCACAAUCAUAGAAUAUGUCCAAGCUCCGUCCUGUAGCUCGCAGACACAACGCGGUGCGCAGACGUAUCAACUGAAUCAAGGCAUCGACAACUUCGACGCCUGCCAGAGCUGCUACGUAGGCCUGCUAAAGCCACUCGGGUUGGAUUUGUUCUUCAAGCCAGUUCAACACCCGAGGACAGUGGAGAGUUCCUGUGAUUUGAAUCCCGCCAGCCUCCGGUUUCUAAGUUACGCGCCCAGGCUGGAUGAAGCAUUGAUCACUUGCACAUUUUCCCGGUUCGUAGAUUUUACUAGAAGGUUAUGCGAGCUCCCCCUGUGCCCGGGGAUUGAAUUGGUGACGAAUCAAAAAUGGUAUGGCACGGACGACUGCCGCAUCUGUCUCGCGUGCUACGAGGAGGUGGUGCGUGGCAGCGAGCUCGCCCAAGAGCUCCCUCUCACACCCCAAGUAAUCCCGGGUGAGAGUCACUGUGACUUAUACUCGCCACGAAUGCGCCGCAAGUGGGCCGAGGCAUGUGGCAAGCGGGAUCUGUCCUCGUUUAUGGCGUUUGCCGCAUAUCGCAGGACCAUCUAUGAGCAAACGGUCCCAGAGAUGCGGCAUAUUGUCUCGAUGGCGAGGUACAACCUCGAUAUGCAGAAGAUGUACAAUGUGUCUUCGUCUUUCUAUUAUAACAUGAACGGGAUAACAGCUUCCAUGUAUAAUCCCUACAUUAGCUAUGGGGCUGCCGGGAUCCCGCACAGAUUCGAAACACCGUGGGGUGUGGAGGGGGCACAACUAGGGCAGAAGGCUCAAGGAUAUGCGCAGGGGAUAAACGCCGACACGGCGAGAGUCGCACAAUUACAGGCGGCCUGGAACCUAGUUGAGUAA